AUGCCAAAUACAUCACCACUGGUCUUCGUUCAAAACAAGGGUCCCAGAGUUCUGGGGCAAGUGCAGCUUACGCAAGAUAAAGAAUCGCUCUUGUCCAGCUCUUCCACUGCAGUCAUUGAUUACAGGACGCAGAGGAGUGUGAGGAGGUCAGAGGUCUGUGGUUGUGACGCCUGCGCUGACAAAGACGUCUGCUGGAGCACGGCCCGGGAGAACGGGAGCCUCUUGUGCACCUCACAGCGUGGGGAGGGGCACCUGCGCCAGCCCCGCACACUGGUCAGUCAGAGGGCUGCACGGGAGGAGCGAGAGUGCGAGGAUGGAAAGACGCUUGGUGGUUCCAGGAAUUGGACAUCUGCCGGAUUUAUGAAUUCCUCAGUUUUGUCCCACAAUCCCUGUGUUUACACUUCGCUGUCAAACAACAAUAUUUGCCCAUGUGCGUCACAGAAGAGGCCUGGUGCAGCCAGAGACCGCACUGUCCAGGCACUGGUCUAA